UGCAGUUUGAAGCAGCGAGUGAGGAAGCAGGAAGUGUUGUCAACGUGUUAUAGAGUUAAAAACAGUUUUCAGAGGAUUUAAUGUUGAUGAGACGUCAUGAAGAUAAAUGAGAACAUUUCACUGGAGGGACAAAGAGUCCUGCUGGUUCCCUACAAUGAGAACCACGUGUCCAGGUAUCACGAGUGGAUGAAGUCUCCUGAGCUGCAGCAGCUGACCGCCUCCGAGCCGCUGACCCUGGAGCAGGAGCACGACAUGCAGAGGAGCUGGAGGGAGGACCACGACAAGUGCACGUUCAUCAUCCUGGACAAGCAGCUGUGGAAGGAUCCCGGCGUCGAGGAGGAGCAGUGCAUGCUGGGAGACGUCAACAUCUUCCUGACGGACCCCACGGAUCCGUCCUUGGCUGAGCUGGAGAUCAUGAUUGCAGAGGCCAGUUACAGAGGGCGGGGCCUCGGGAAGGAGGUGACACGGAUGAUGAUGAGUUACGGUGUCACCAAACUCGGGAUCAAAAAGUUUCAAGCGAAAAUCGGGCUGGACAACGAGGUCAGCGUGGGCAUGUUCAAGAAACUUCACUUUCAUGAGGUGUCGGUGUGUAAGGUGUUCAAAGAGGUGACCCUGGAGAUGACGGUGGACGAGGCCGUGCGGACGGGGCUUCUGGACGAGACGGCCUUCAUGAAGGAGAGGGACUACACACAGGCCUGCAGGGACAGACAGGAGCUGGUCUCACAGUGACACGUGAAGACGUCUCAAAGACUUCCUGCAAUGAAGGAAACACCUGGAGACACGCCAGACUGAAAACAGUCGUUUGCUUCAAACACAUGCAGCAGAGUCCUCUAUUUAAUGUCUCGCUCUAUGUCUCUUGUCUGUAACACUAUGAUUCCUCAAACCCUGCAGAGGUAACUGAGUACAUUUACUCAAAGUACUCAACAUAGUUUCAGGGUGCCGGGACUUCUACUGCAUCGUUUACUUCAGAAUAUAUUCUCCUUCUCCCUCUCUACCUGGAGAUACCAGUUGCACCAUGUGCUCACAACAGUAUUGUACUUGCACGUGAUUAUUCCAUCACUAUGUUUUUUAUCUGAUUUUUAAAAGGAAAAUCAUGUAGGAAAAAUAAGCGUUUCCAUUUUUAUCUCUUCUAACAUGUUUGUGUCAUGUUCUUCCAAACUGCAGCAUCAGGCGACACACAAAAAACAAAAAGACAAACUUGACAAACGUGUUUCUUGCUGUGCAAAAGCCAUUUAAUGACGCCGACGAUGAAGCUGUACAGAGGCAGCGAUUUCAGAAAUCAGCAGCUGAAACCAAAAGAAAGAGGGAAGUAAUCCGUCUGCGGUAUUUAAUUUAUUCAUUUUAGAUCUUAAAUAAAAACCUCUGUUUCCCCUUAAAGAACAAAUCAGGUCAAGUUUAUCCUGCAGCUGAGAUUCGAGCGAUGCAUUUGCUGAUGUGUUUCUGUAUAUUGAGAAAUGAUGGGUAGGGAGUGUGAUAGGUUGAACAACAGAAAACCAGAGACAGAGGGGAAGUGGGGAAAAUACAGUUUGAAGCAUGAUUUGAUCAAACAAGGAUGAUUUCAAGCUAGAGGGCAAACUCAUGCAAAACGUUUUUGAAAUUUAGUGCAGUGAACAGGAAGUUCAUCCAGUGAACAGGAAGUUCAUCCAGCACAAGACUGAUACCAGAUUUUCAGGAUCAAUAUCAGACAUCGGUCACGUGCGAUAUAUUUUGAUGUCGAGAUCAAAUCUGCUGGUGAAUCAGUUUGGUUCCACGUUGCAUUAGCUGCUUCCACUGAUGUUAGACUGUAAAGACGCUUGUGAAGGUCGGAGCUCUACAUUCACACAGUCUGACACCGACUGGCGGAGGCACAACUCUGACUGGCAGUGAACACGUGGCUCCAGUGCAGCGGACAGGGCCACCGGACAUUUAAAAACAUGCUGUAGUACAAAGAGGAUACAAGCGCGACAACAAUUCCAUAGGAAUUUAAGACGAUUUUAACACAUUUGUCCGUCCCCCUUUCUGUCUUCCCCUCCCGCCAACAGGGUGAGAGGAUGCAGGGUUGCCCAUCUGAAUGAAAAUCAUGAUUUCAGCGUAUAAAAAAAAAAAAAAAAAGAAGAUCCCAGGAUUCAUAGGUGAGCUGAAAGCCUGCAGG